AUGAACACCACAUCCAAUACAGUGUAUCCCGAUUUUGGUAUCUAUUCAUCGGAAGGAAUUCCGUUAUACAAUCUGGGAGUCAGUCCUCAUUUGAUAGCCAACGGUGCCGUCACUUCAGCGCAGAAUUCAUAUCCCUAUCAAACAUAUCAAACCCCUUCAGGUCUAUACCUGACCACCAAUCCGGCCUCAUUGGCCGCAUCACAGCUAAUCCCACAAUUCCAGACAUCGACGGGCGCCGCCGGCCCUCACGGCUCCGCAACUUAUCCACUGCUCGCCACUCCCUAUCGAUUACCUCUCGCACAGAAUGUGAAUCAAAUGAAUUCUUACAUUCAUAUGUCUAACGCCACUACACCUCCAUUGAGUCAGACCUCAUCGGUUCCCAUACAAGUGCACACGAGUGUCGCCAAUUCAAUGAUGGGUUCGGACGGCUCCCACGCGGCCAACAACGCGGCUAUGAAUGCCAUAAACAACGGCAUGUCUUCACUCAAUUUCCUUCAAUCGCCAGUUUAUGCCAUUUCUCCAAAUAUGCCGAAUUCGGGUCAAUCGAUGGCUUGCGUGCAAAACGUUCAGUUGAAGACCGAUAAUCGGCCGGAUAUGAGCGCUGAGAACGGCUCAAUGAUGUCACCGAAUCCGACACACAUUCUUGAAUUGAUGCCGAUGUGGACCCAAAACGUGCCAAACAUGCAGUCAUCGCAGCAAAAGAUGGCUCCCAAUCGAUACAUUCAAUACUCGUCGACCGCGAAACCCCAUCCCAACCAAAACACACCGCAAAACACGUCCGCACCCGCGAAGGACAGACCCGACAGACGUAAUAAUUCUAGUUUUAAUAAUAGUCAUCACUAUCGCAAAUCGGCCACCGGUUCCGUCGGCUAUCAUCGGUUGUCCAACAAAGCGGGCAAUGGGGGCGCCGGUGGCGGACACACUGGUUACGGAUCGGCGCAAAAUUCAUACCAAAACCACACUAAUUAUGCGAAUAAUUCAUACGAAAAUGAGUGCCAAAUGGUUCACAACAAUUCACUCCCUAAUGCACUACAAGGGCUGCCAUUUGUCAAGCAUAACAAUCGCUUGCAUACCGUGCCAUUCAAUCACCAGCCGAUGUUCAACGUUGUUCAACAGCAUCACCACUCGCUCGCUAACGGCACCGGCGGUGGUAUCGGCGGCUCUACUACUGGUGGUGUUGGGAGCGGCGGUCAGCCACCGAUGAUUCCCAAAUUGGUUAACGGAGUGCCGAUCUAUACGUUUGCGGCCAAUAGUGCUGGCGGUGGCGGUGGUUACGGCUCUCCACUGACACCACCCCUAACCCCAGGCACUCAUCAAAUGGUUCACAAAUAACUACUCCUUUAUAACAAAACGCAUUCCAAUCGAUGUUUAUUAUCGACUUAAAAACAUCCUUUCAUUUCAUUUCUAAUAACCGUUUAAUAGAGAAAAAUAGCGUUUAAUUAAUGGACAAAAUCGAGUGAUUAAUGAGAAAACUAGUCAUUUAAACAAAGAGUAAACGAAAAACACAAACAAAUUUAAUGUGAAAUUAAGUUCUCAUUUGCAG